AUGGCGCUACGUCGAUCUAACCGAUCGCGAGGGACUCACGAUCCGCCAGGACUCGAGGCUAAUACGAGAACCAGAUCUACGAGAAGAACCCGUGCCGCUGCAUCUGCAUUUGCAUCAGUAUCGGUUUCUCGAUCGCCAUUGAAAUCAGUGGAGCCCAGAUCUUUACGUUUGACUGUCAAAAUGCCCUCAAAUAAAUUGCGCGAAGCUACGGGCUCUGGCCGCUCCGCGGCGCGGAGGUCGGUCAAUGUUUUUCGGGAAGAUCCUAUUGUGUCAGGACCCCGCUCCAGUCGGAACCGAAAGAAGGUCGUAGAAGUCGAAUCAAGCGACGAUGAUGAAAUCGACGACCAAGAAGAAGACGAAGUCGAUGACGAUGAGGUUCUUGAUGCCGACGAAGAUGCCGAUGCCGACGCUGACGGUGACAUUGAUAUGGAUGACACCCCGCCUCAGCCAGCCGUCAGGCGCGGCAAGGUUGCACCGACUCGCGCAAAGCCAGCCAGGAGCGUGGAGGCUAAGGAGAUGGAGAUGGAAGAGGACGAAGAGGAAGAAGAAGAUGAAGAGGAAGAGCCCAUCUCUGACACGGAUGAAGAUGCUGAGGGCGAGAUGGAUGACCAAGAUGAGCUUGCAAUCGCCGAUGUCAAUGUUGAUGAACUUGACGAUCUCGAUGACGAAGAACUGGACGGCGACAUGGAUAGCGAUGCAUUUGCCAUGCAUGGUGGGAAAACGACAAAGCGCCAGAGAGGAAAUCUUGGAAACGAUUUCCUGCAGCUUCCUAUGGAGCCUCAAGUCAAGAAGCAUUUGACCGCGGAAGAGCGCCAGAUGCGUCGCGCAGAGAUGGCUCGUCGAAGAAAGAACCUGAGUGAAAAACGAAAUGAAGAGGAAAAGAUGGACACGAUCAACCGUCUUCUUAAGAAGCAAGCCCCAAAGCGGCGCGGUCGAGCUGCAGCUAAUGAGGCCGGCGAUGGCACUCCUGGUCAAGAAGCCACGGAACCCGAGAAGGCUGACCCUACCCUGGUGCGCUGGACCAGCGGCGCAAAUGGCUGCAGGGUGAAUGUCCCAGAGGAAUGGCUGGGUACCCCCUCUGGACGUACGUUUGGCGCACCUGUGGCGGCAAAGAUGGUGGAAGAGCUUUGA